CUCCACCCUUUCUUUAUCUUUUACUCUUUCCUUCUCAUACUUUCCAUUCGUCUUUCGCCGUAUCUCUCCCACCAUCCCCCAAUUCUCCCUCUCUGCCACUCUUACUAACUUUUUCCUUAUCCUUCCUCCUUCCUCUCUUACUUUAUCAUAUCAUAUCCCUUUCUUUAUCUCUCUUCCCUUCUAACUUUCCUUUCAUUUUCUUCCACGCCAUCACUCCCACCAUCCCCCGAUCCCCCCUCUUUGUCAUUCUCACUAACUUUUUCUCUCUGUCCUUCCCCACCUUUCUCUAUCCUAUCUCUCUACUCCCUCUCAUUCUAUUCCUUACUCGAUCGUUUUCUCUUCUUUCUGUCAAAUAACGGCUCCAGGUUUCUGUCAUGGCGCGGAGUUCAGAAUACUUUUUCUCUUCCUCAAAGUCGCAAAGAAAAUUAAUAUAACGGUCAGCUGACCAGUGCAUCACAUGACAACUGAUUUCUAUGAGCAUCUGAUUACCAGAAGCAAUGUGUUUGGAGAAAGAAUAUACUGUAUACAUAUAGUUAUCACAGUGCCAUUGGUUACGUUAAAGUUCUGACAUCCGAGGUGUGGGCUUCGAACAAGAAACCUUCAACAGGGAUGGCCAGCUGUACAGAGGCCAGUCCUACUGAGGCCAAUUCUACUGAGACCACUUCUACUGAAGCCAGUUCUACUGAAGCCAGUUCUACUGAGGCCAGUUCUACUGAGGCCAGUUCUACUGAGGCCAGUUCUACUGAGGCCAGUUCUACUGAGGCCAUUUCUACUGAGGCCACUUCUACUGAAGCCAGUUCUACUGAGGCCAGUUCUACUGAGGCCAGUUCUACUGAGGUCACUUCUACUAAGGCCAGUUCUACUGAGGUCACUUCUACUGAGGUCACUUCUAUUAAGGCCAGUUCUACUGAGGUCACUUCUACUAAGGCCAGUUCUACUGAGGUCACUUCUACUGAGGCCAGUUCUACUGAAGUCACUUCUACUGAGGCUAGUUCUACUGAGGUCACUUCUACUGAGGUCACUUCUACUAAGGCCAGUUCUACUGAGGUCACUUCUACUAAGGCCAGUUCUACUGAGGCCAGUUCGACUAAGGUCACUUCUACUGAGGCCAGUUCUACUGAGGUCACUUCUACUGAGACCAAUUCUACUGAGGUCACUUCUACUAAGGCCAGUUCUACUGAGGUCACUUCUACUGAGGCCAGUUUGACUGAGGUCACUUCUACUGAGACCAGUUCGACUGAGGAUGUGCCCAAGGCAGACACUGGAGAAGAUCUGAAGGCUAAACCACUCACAUCUACUCUCAAACAGAUGACCGAUGCCGGACAGUUCUCCUACUCCAGUAUUUGCGCUCUGGCACUGAAGGUACUCUUUGAUGACAGAUGGCAUCAGUCAUAUAAAAAUGAUGCAUUGACGAAAAUCUUCAAUUAUUUUGAUCAACCUAAACAGGUUCGUGUCAACAUCAAAGCAUUCUUGGAGGGUCAUGGCAGCUAUGAAGUUGACCCCUACAUUGAAGUUUUGCUGCAUGAAGAAGUCUUGAAAGAAUCCCUAUUACCACUGGUUGUUGAGCUUAUACCGCUAUUAAUUAACAAUGGUAGAUACGAUGCUCGUUCGCGAGUGCUGGCCAAACAUCUUGCUUGGUUGUUUCGUAUUAACUGGGACGACAUCAUAGAUUUUGAGAAAACGUUCUCCGAGCAGUUGAAGACAGAUGCCUACAGGGUAUCUCAGUGUUUAACUGGGGGCCUGGCUGCUCCUUUAGUGGCCGCUGGUGCUGGUGCCAUUAUAGGAGGUGCUGGGGCAGCAGCUCUUGCUACUACCACUGGUCUCGCUGUCAUUAGUUCCUUGUUUGGUGUUGCUGGUGCUGGACUAACAGGAUACAAAAUGAAACGGCGUGUUGGUGCCGUGGAAGAAUUUGUCUUUGAGCCUCUUGUGCCUGGUUUAAGACUUCAAACUGAAAACAUGGGUAAACAACUUCAUAUAACGAUUGCUGUCAAUGGAUGGCUUAAUAACACAAUGAAAGAUUACAAAGAGCCUUGGCAGACUUUGAACGAGAGUUUGGAACAGUACAGUUUACGAUGGGAAUCUCGAUACCUUCUGGAACUGGGGAAGGCCUUUGAAUAUAUGGUCGGAAUGGCCAUUGGUGUGGCCACCCAGGAAGUGCUCAAAUAUACCAUUUUAUCUGGUUACUUGAAGAACAGACCAAAAGUUGCAGCGACCAAGGUCUGGACUGUGAGAAGGGGAUGCCGUCCAGUGUCGCUGAUUGGCUACAGUCUUGGUGCCAGAGUAAUUUACUGCUGUUUGGAAGAACUAUCCAAAAGAAAAGGUUGUGAAGGUAUUGUAGAAGAUGUGAUUCUACUUGGAGCACCUGUCAGUGCCAAGAGUUCCAAUUGGGAACAGCUUCAAAGAGUGGUGUCUGGUAAAUUGAUAAAUGGCUACUGUAGAGCUGAUUGGCUAUUGAAAUUCCUGUACAGAUCGUCCUCUAUGCAGUUCCAAAUCGCCGGCUUGAUGCCUGUCAAACUGACGCACCAUUGUAUGCACAAUAUUGAUUUAAGUGAUGUGGUCAAAGGUCAUUUGGAUUACAUGAAGAAAUUAGAU